UAUUAUGCUUCUUCUUAUCCCCUAACACACUUCUGCUUCUUCAGACCAAACCCCUCUUCUUCUUCUUCUUCUUCUUCUUCUUCAUUUUCUAAGGCCCUCAUCCUUCAGAUUCCUUUUUUUUUUUUUUUUGAUUGUUCUUUGAAAUUUAAGUUUGUUUGAAUUGAGAAUUCUACUGCCAGCUGGGGUCGGAAAGAACCCUUUUAGUUUCUUGAAUGAAGGAGCUUCAAAAUUAAUUCUUUGGGUACAAAGUGCUUCAAGUAGUUGUUCCUGAUCCAUUAGAAGCAACUAACUUGUUGUACUGGUGAACUCAGAAAACUUUUACAACUUAUAUUAAGAUGCUGGGGCUUUAUGGAGAGAUGUUGUCAACUUAGAAUUAGUUAAGAUGAAAAACUCGCAGGAUUCUCCAAAUGCACAAGAAUUACAACCUUCAACCCAGAUGUCACAGGAGUCCCAAAAUGACCAACAGAAUAAUGCAACAGAAGCUCCUAUAGCAGAUUCAGGUUCAGUUUCAGUGUCCAGUAGUGAUGGGAGGAAGGUUCAACGUCAGGACAUUGAACUUGUCCAGAACUUAAUAGAACGUUGCCUUCAGUUGUACAUGAAUAGAGAUGAAGUGGUGAAAACACUUCUGACUCGUGCAAGGAUAGAUCCUGGCUUUACAACUUUGGUAUGGCAGAAGUUGGAAGAAGAGAAUGCUGAUUUUUUUCGGGCCUAUUACAUCAGGCUUAAAUUGAAGAAACAGAUAACCUUGUUCAAUCACUUGCUCGUUCAUCAGUUUAAUCUCAUGAAGUAUCCUCCACCUCCAAAAAUUCCGUUGGCUCCUAUACAGAAUGGGAUUCAUCCCAUGCCAGGCAACACAUUACCAAUGGGAUACCCUGUCUUACAACCGCCUCCAGUGUCAGUUACUGGUCAACCUCAUCUUGACCCAAUGGCCUGUGGAAUAUCUAGCCCUCAUGGGGUUAAUGGCGUGCCUGCACCAGGCAACUUCCAUCCCAUGCGGAUAAAUGCUGGAAAUGAGAUGGUCAUGGACAGCGGGGCUGCGGAUGUACCAGCUGCUAUCGCACCAAGUAGUGCGAUGUCAUCAAUGUCAGAGAUGCCUGUAAGCCCUACUUCAGUAGCAUCCAGUGGCCAUUUUCCCUUCACGGCAUCGGAAAUGUCAGGAAUGGGAGUUGAUACAUCAGCACUUGAUACGGCAUUUACAUCUGAUGUGGCAAGUUCAGUUGGAUUGCAACUUCCUCAAGAUAACGGAAACGGAAAUUCAAGAGAUUCUCUUAGAUCGUUGGCUCAGAUCCCCUGGAACUUCAGCCUUUCGGACUUAACAGCAGAUUUGUCAAACUUAGGAGAUUUAGGACCUCUUGGAAAUUAUCCUGGUUCCCCCUUUUUGCCAUCCGAUUCUGAUAUUUUGCUUGAUUCUCCUGAGCAAGAGGAUAUAGUGGAGGAGUUUUUUGUUGAUGUACAACCAUCUCAAUCGGAUGAAGAGAGGUCCUAGAUUGAGUUAGGUGAGGCACAUCAACUGACUAGAACGUAGAAAUUCAGUUGUAGGAAUAAGAGGUUCUGUACAAUAACAGUUGAGACCUUGGUACUGGAAACACUUGUAUCUUUAAUUGGCAUUUAAGUAUAUAGUUAUUGACAAAAUUUGUCAUCGUAGCUUUUCAGCAGUGUAGUUUAGAAUCAGUGUUGUGGUUUUGCAAAACUGUGUCGGGUUUCAUCUCAUAUAUAGUUUCAAGUUUAUAUUCUGGACAGUGCUAAAUCAGACAGAACGAGAUCUUAUCCUGUACUUGCUGACUGUUUGGUCUAAUUCUUGUAAAUUUAUGUUUGA